CCUGAAGGCGGAGCUCGAAGAAGCCGCCGCCGCCGCUCCUCUUGCUCGACAGUCGUUACAAGUCGAGUUCCGAUGGCCUCUUGGCUUCGCGGGUCCAGCCACUCAGCCGUCAUCGGUCAACUUCGAAAUCUAAAUAAUUCAGCGGUCGAGCUGCAACCCUUCGUCCGCGUCAUUCGAAGUUCAGUGCCACGAGCCUCGGAUCGGAGGACAGUCUGCCGAGACUUCUUCUGAUAGGCAGGCAGCUCGACCUCGCUCCUCUGUCUGUCUAGUGCUCGGAUUUCUCGUCCUCUGUUGUCGGUCGGUGGGGCUUUCCCGCAUCAUUUCUCGUCGAGCAGAAUUUGGUCAAGUUCACUUCAGAAACUCCUGAUACGGGAGACGGCCAUUCACUUUGAACGAGCUGGACUUGGAGAGUGUGCGUCAAGAAUGGGAAGUUAAGGAUAGCUGCAUCGGAAGGUUGUGACGUGGAAGUAGAGCUGUGAUUGUUUGAAGUAUGAAGAAAUGUUUUGAAGAAGUUGUCUGAUUACACCGUCGUCGAAGGUUUGUGAUCUUGAUCUGUAGCCAUUAUCAGUCAAGUACUGGCGAUGGAGGUCAGUAAAUUCUUCGCGCUUUUGGUGCUUAUAGCGUGUUCAAAGGCAGAUGCAAGAUUACAAGAAGGUUACGGAAGGUUUGAAAUCAAGAAUACGAUGCCUGAAAGGAGCCCUGAUAGUGUUGGAGUUCGGUGCAAGAGGCCAGGUCUUGACUUGCAGGAAGUGGUAUUGUACCCAUCUGAUGUUCUUCUUCACGAUUUCUAUGCGGAUGAGCGAGUGAGCGACGGCUGGAGUUGUGACUUUAAUUGGUAUGACGGCACUUUGAGUGCGGUCAAAAUGGCACAAGAGUUUUUGGUGUGGAAUAAGAAUGGAUCAUCACCGUACCUUGAGAGCUGCGAUCGUUGUCGGUGGAAAGUUCGUGAGUCUGGAUUUUACUUGUACAAAGAUUCCAAGACUUGGACUCUCGUAUUCAAAUGGAAUGAGAUAUAGACCAGUUCAUUUGAUCUCCACAUCUUCUGAAAGCUUGUUAACGAGGCAUACCAUUCGCUUCAUUUUGUUUACAAUGCAGUUUAAAAAAUCCCAGCAUCACGUUAACAUCACCAUUAUGAAAGUAAAGUAAAGAUGAUGUAUGUUUGCAGCCGCGUGAAUCUAAUUGCAUUCUUUAGUAUUAAUUUGUAUCUGC